CUUCACAAUCACGCAUCUCUUUCCCACUCCAUCACUCACUGUCCUUCUAUAUAAUGGAGAAACGAAGUAUAUGUGGCCAAUUGCUUCCCCAAUAUCAAAACGCAUUAGUAACUAGGAAGGAACUAGCAAGCCUUCAUGAAAGCUACUAAGCCAUCAGCUUCAUUGCUUCUGUUUCUUCUUCUGGUUCUGGCUCUGGUUCUAUCAUCUUCCAUGGCGGUGGAGAUUCAAGGAGGAUCCAGAGGCGGCCUCGGCAGCAGACCUGGCGAUUCUAGAGGAGUGGAGUGGAAGAGGGUGAAUCAUGGAAGCCUACGUGGAGGGCAGGCUCACAUUGCUAAUCCAACUCUUCGUGAUCAACCUGCAGCAUUUUAUCACCUUCCUAAGUUGGUUGUUUAGCUGUAGCUAGCUUUCUUGAUCACAUAUUGGGUCUUUGAGGUUGUGAGAGUAUUAUAGCCUUCUCACAUGUGCAACUUUGUUCUUUCCUUUUGGUGCAAGUCUGAAGUCUCAAUAAUAUUAUACCAGUUUGCAAUGUCUUAUAUAUUGGUUCACUACUCGCAAUAGAAUCUUACAACCGUAACUGAGGUUAAGGAUGUUAACGUAGAUUCGAACCCAACACUUAAUUCUUAGCUGAUAGAAUCUUUAGAGUAUGACGAAAGAGGAGGGGAAUGACAAGAAAGGAGAAACAUAGCUCGAACAGAGACUUAGAAGUUGUGGUGUUGUCUUGGAUGCAGUCAGGUUACAGUUAUGUAUUUUCAUCUCCUGUACUUGGCGUUAACUUUGGUGUUCUAAUGUGUUUCAAGCUAAAAAGCAAGCACUCAAUUUCCAAGGAUCCCUUUGCAUAAAUUGGCAUUUGAUAGCUUGAUAAUCAUACUAGUAUGCAAUCCAAUAAGAGAGUGUCUAUUACAGAAAUUAGCAAACACAUCAUUCAAUAUUGUAACUGCUGAUCACGUAAAAUGCUGACAACAAUUUUUCAGCACAAUAGGGAGCUGAACUUUUGUGACAGAUUUUACAAUCAGCAAAAGGUUCAAUUUUUACACUAUACACUGUAUUAAAUAUACAAUGAGGAGCAGAGAGCAACGUUUAAUCUGUAGGACAACCACCAAGUCUUCUUCUAGAUUCCAGAAGCAUUACAUUCUUCCAGCAGCUUGAGUAGAUUAUGUUCAGGGGCACUGACAGAUGGUAGAAUCAAGCGAUUUGAUGAGCGCAUGGGAGGCGGUCGAGGAGAGCCUGCAGAUUCGGGUUCAGGAGUGUCACCACCAUCUUCUCUCAUCACUGGCAAGUCGUUUCGCCUUCUCACGGUUGCAGAUACCCUCUCUUUCCAUAUUCUCCCAUCCUGAAGAUCAUUUAUGUCAACUCAUAGUUAGAGAAUUUCAAAAGCUCUGAACUUGAAAAGAAUCAAUGGAAGGAUACAUAGUUGUACAUCAUAUAUAAUGUUAGCAUAGUCUUAUAUUAACGUCUUGGUGCAAUAUCUUCGUGGAUGAUAUAUCAAGCAACCAGUGAAGAUUUCUCUACUGAACAAUUCUGAAACGGACCCCUUUCAGUCUCCCUAUCAUAAAAGAUUGCUUAUGGG